ACCUGUUGCUGUCCCUCUGCUUUACUGCUUUCGGCAGUCAUUAAAGCUUACUCAAGGAGCAAGAAAGGGCUAGAUGUCGGGCCACGGUAUGAGAUUGUUGGUCAAGGAGUCGGGGGACACUGUUAGUGUGUAACUUCAAACCAUAGGUGACUGUAACAGUCUUAUCAGAAACCACAGUGACCCAGAUCUAGAGUGCUACAGUCAGCUGGUGGUGAGAGCAGAGGAUUCUUGCCUGCCUGACAGACUCCUUCAGGCAGACACUCUACAGUCCAAGGGGACAGAACAAGAUACCAUGGCAGGUGCUGCUGGUGAUGCAGAGCUAGCCAAGGCUAUUAUGUCACGGCGUUCCCUACCGUCUGCCAUUGGCCCUGAGACCUGGGAGGGAUACAUGUUUUCUGAUCUGGAGAUCCGAAUCAAGGAGUCUUUGGACGUGUACGGAGCGGUACUCUGGCCCUCGGCAAUGGUGCUGUGUCAUUUCUUAGAGACCAACCGAGACGAAUACAACCUCACAGACAAAAAUGUGAUUGAACUAGGGGCUGGAACUGGGCUUGUCACUAUCGUAUCCAGCUUGUUAGGUGCAAAAGUCACAUCCACUGACCUCCCGGAUGUGCUGGGGAACCUCCAGUACAAUGUAAAGCGCAACACAGCGGGCCGGUGCAAAUACAUCCCUCUGGUUACUGAGCUCACCUGGGGUCAGCAUCUGGAUCAGCGCUUCCCUCGUGCCACGCAUUGUUUCGACUACAUACUGGCAGCUGAUGUGGUGUACUCCCACGAUUACCUGGCAGAGCUGAUGGACACCUUCAGCCACCUAUGUCAGGAAAACACUCAGAUAUUAUGGGCUAUGCGUUUCCGACUGGACCCAGAGAACAGCUUUGUGGGUCGUUUCCAGCAGCAUUUCUGUGUUGAGGAGCUCUAUGACCUCCCAAGUCUGAAUAUUAAACUAUACAGAGCAUGGAAGAAGUGAGCAGAGAGAGGCUGCUGCCUGAACUUCUGAACCUGCCAUUGAUUAUGUAAUAACUGCUCGGGACUCAUGUUCUGGGUAUGGGUCUCUGGAAAGCGUCUAGAGACAACUUUUGUUGUAUUAGAUGCUAUAUAAAUAAAAUUGAAUUGAAUUGAAAUGAAUUGAAUUGAACACACAGAGCUCUGAAUAUUUACCGUAUAAAUAUUUGCUUAUGACAGUGGUUUAGCUGGAUUUCAUCUACCAGCAGAAUGCUCUCAAACGUGUGAUUUUUGCUGAAGCAUUUUGGCUGAUACCUCUUCAUCACGACAUCUGUUUUCUCUGCCUCUUGUCUGAAAGGACUCUCCCAAAAUAAAUGGUGUUUAUCUUUACUACAAGGGCUUCAUAUUUAAUCUUGUUAUCAAAUA